GUGUUUGCGACGAACCUGCCGCACUGGGCCGAUGAGAAGACGGAGUCCGAGACCGUACGGAAGUUCCACGCUUCUCUGAAGGAUGAGAAAAAGAGGACACCGCUGUCACUGAGGGCAUUUGCUAUGAUGGAGUUAAUUAAAGUUGUUCUCUCUUGGGUUGAUGUAAUAAAUGAUCGUUCAAUUUUUCAAUUCUUUUAUACAAACAUUGUUGUCACUGUAGACGACAUGGUGUAUGGAUCAUUUGCUGAUGAAAUUGAAUGUGCUGUACUUGGUAUUACAAGCAGUAAAUAUUGUACAUUAAAUUAUGGAGCAACACAUAUUUCUGUGUGGUCGAUGUCCCGUGCGCUGAACCCCACUGUAGCGGAGCUGUUUCCACCUGUAACCGCAUCGAUGUUGUAUGUGGAACCCAGCAACGAUGGUUUCACACUACCGCAGCUGAUGGGUGUCAUUAUUGGUGCCUUGGCUCUUCUCUUGCUGCUUGUUGGUGUGCUUGUGUUGCUGCUGUGUCGCCGACGCAGUGCGCGUGACAAU